GUGUUGAGGCUCCAAAUCAGGCGGGGCCCGGCGCCCCCAGCCAUCCACCAUGGUGGUGGCACACCCCACUGCCGCCGCCACCACCACACCUGCUGCCACCGUCACGGCCACCGUCGUGAUGACCACGGCCACCAUGGACCUGCGGGACUGGCUUUUCCUCUGCUACGGGCUCAUCGCCUUCCUGACAGAGGUCAUCGACAGCACCACCUGUCCCUCGGUAUGCCGCUGUGACAACAGCUUCAUCUACUGCAACGACCGGGGACUCACCUCCAUCCCCGCUGACAUCCCUGACGACGCCACCACCCUCUACCUGCAGAACAACCGGAUCAACAACGCCGGCAUCCCCCAGGACCUCAAGACCAAGGUCAACGUGCAGGUCAUCUACCUGUACGAGAACGACCUGGAUGAGUUCCCGGUCAACCUGCCCCGCUCCCUGCGGGAGCUCCACCUGCAGGACAACAAUGUGCGCACCAUCGCCAGGGACUCGCUGGCCCGCAUCCCGCUGCUGGAGAAGCUGCACCUGGACGACAACUCUGUGUCCACCGUCAGCAUCGAGGAGGACGCCUUUGCCGACAGCAAGCAGCUCAAGCUGCUCUUCCUGAGCCGGAACCACCUGAGCAGCAUCCCCUCGGGGCUGCCCCGCACGCUGGAGGAGCUGCGGCUGGAUGACAACCGCAUCUCCACCAUCCCGCUGCACGCCUUCAAGGGCCUCAACAGCCUCCGCCGCCUCGUGCUCGACGGCAACCUGCUAGCCAACCAGCGCAUCGCCGACGACACGUUCAGCCGCCUGCAGAACCUCACUGAGCUCUCGCUGGUGCGCAACUCCCUGGCUGCCCCGCCCCUCAACCUGCCCAGCGCCCACCUGCAGAAGCUGUACCUGCAGGACAACGCCAUCAGCCACAUCCCCUACAACACGCUGGCCAAGAUGCGUGAACUGGAGCGCCUGGACCUGUCCAACAACAACCUCACCACGCUGCCCCGCGGUCUGUUCGACGACCUGGAGAACCUGGCCCAGCUCCUGCUGCGCAACAACCCCUGGUUCUGCGGCUGUAACCUUAUGUGGCUGCGCGACUGGGUGAAGGCGCGGGCGGCCGUGGUCAAUGUGCGGGGCCUCAUGUGCCAGGGUCCCGAGAAGGUCCGGGGCAUGGCCAUCAAGGACAUCACCAGCGAGAUGGACGAGUGCUUUGAGACGGGCUCACAGGGAGGCGCGUCCGACGCUGCUGCCAAGACCACGGCCAGCAACCACGCCUCUGCCACCACACCCCAGGGCUCACUCUUCACCCUCAAGGCCAAGAGGCCGGGGCUGCGCCUCCCCGACUCCAGCCUCGACUACCCCAUGGCCACGGGCGAUGGCGCCAAGACCCUGGUCAUCCACGUGAAGCCCCUGACGGCGGACUCGAUCCGCAUCACAUGGAAGGCCACGCUCCCCGCCUCCUCUUUCCGGCUCAGCUGGCUACGCCUGGGCCACAGCCCAGCCGUGGGCUCCAUCACGGAGACACUGGUGCAGGGGGACAAGACGGAGUACCUGCUGACGGCUUUGGAGCCCAAGUCCACCUAUAUCAUCUGCAUGGUCACCAUGGAGACUGGCAACACUUACGUGGCCGACGAGACGCCUGUGUGCGCCAAGGCCGAGACGGCAGACAGCUAUGGCCCCACCACCACGCUUAACCAGGAGCAGAACGCAGACCCCAUGGGGGGCCUGCCCCUGGCGGGCAUCAUCGGUGGUGCCGUGGCCCUCGUCUUCCUCUUCCUGGUCCUGGGGGCCAUCUGCUGGUACGUGCACCGGGCCGGUGAGCUGCUGACCCGGGACCGGGCCUACAAUCGGGGCAAUCGGAAAAAGGACGACUACAUGGAGUCCGGGACCAAGAAGGAUAACUCCAUCCUGGAAAUCCGAGGCCCUGGGCUGCAAAUGUUGCCCAUCAACCCUUACCACGCCAAAGAGGAGUACGUGGUCCACACCAUCUUCCCCUCCAAUGGCAGCAGCCUCUGUAAGGGCACGCACACCAUCGGUUACGGCACCACACGGGGCUACCGGGAUGGUGGCAUCCCUGACAUAGACUACACCUACACAUGAUACCAGCCACACGGGCCGCCUCCGCCCCAGCUCCCGCCGCCCCCCCUGGCCUGGCGACAACGUGGCUCUGCCCAGCCUGCUGCCAUCCCAUAGAGCAAGGAGAAGGAAUUCCACGAUGACUUUCCCAGCAGAAAGCAAAGUUUGGGAACGGUUGACGAUUUUAUAGAACACAACAGUGGAAAAAAAGAUUUUUUUUUUUUAAAGAAUAGAAAAUAGGAGGGGGAUUUGACGUUGCUGAAGACAUAAUUUAUACCAAAUUAUGCCAGUUGGGAAAGGAAGGACUAAAAAUAAUAUUGCAGGAAGGGUUGGGUCAGGGUUGUUGUUUUUUUUUUUUUUCCUGAACUGGAAAGAUACUACCUGUCUGUGUGCGCCUCACGCUCUGUUCAAGGCCGUCACAAAAGAACCGUCAGAGAGAACAGCCAACACGCGAAGCCCCCACGCAGCUCUUGCUGCCGGCUCCUCGCUAGUGACAACGACAUGAUGGAAGGUUUUCAGGCUCUUCACAAAGGAGAAGGGGAAGAAAAGAUCUUUUUGCUAUGGAGAAACUGUCCUGAAACCUCUUGCCUGGUUCUUUCCGUAACAUUUCCCUUACAGAUUUGCAGAAAGAGCACGUCUUUCACUGCAUUCUUUGAACAAUGGUGUAGUCAAUUAAAAAGCAAACUUUCUUUUUCCUAUACCGAAACCCUCUCCGGUUCCGUGCACCGCGCUCCAUGGAAGCCCCCUGGGGGAGCUGUGGUUUCCCAGCCAAGCGGAGGUGCAUCUAUCUACCUGUCGAUCUCUGUGUCGUGUCUCUCAAUACAGAUGGGUAGAUAGAGCCUCAUAUCCGGUCCUUACUACUUCUUGGGUCAGUUCGUACAAUUUCCUGAGACAAUAGAGUCACGAAAAUGUU